AUGUUAGUGAAUCGAGGUCCUCCUUUGGGAGAUGACUCGAGUAACUCCAAUGAUGACGAUAUGGGAGAAGAGGCGAGCAAUGGGAAGCAGCAACAGAAGGAUGCAGCAUCUACUCGCGCGGAUUUCCCUAUUCCUCCACAAUGCGGUGUCUACUAUUUUGAGAUCACGAUUGUACGUGGAUUAAAAGGUUGCAUGGGUGUGGGUGUGUGCGGCAAAUCCGUUAAUCUAAACAGAUUACCUGGAUGGGACCGAGACUCUUAUGGAUAUCAUGGUGAUGAUGGAAACUUCUUCUCGUCAUCCGGCAAUGGUGUAUCGUACGGACCGAAAUUCACUUCUGGCGACGUAAUUGGUUGUGGAGUGAAUUUAGUGAACAAGACCAUAUUUUUCACAAAAAACGGUGUGCACUUAGGUAUUGCUUCUCGGGAGUUGACACAUAUUGAUGAUCUUUAUCCGACUAUCGGUCUGCAAACCACUGGAGAAGUUGUGGAUGCGAAUUUCGGCCAGCGGCCGUUCCGUUUCGAUAUACGCCCUGAAAUGGAGGUCUGA